AACUCAAUCUGUAGACCAGGCUAGACUUGAACUUGUGGAGAUCCACCUGCCUCUACCUCCCGAGUGCUGGGGUUAAAGGUGUGCGCCACCACCACCCAGCAUAAAUAAUUUUCUUAAAGAUGGUAAAACUGGGGGAAAACUCGGGAUGGAAGUAUUUAGUUUUAACUGCAUACAACACAUUUAGCUGCCUUGGCUUCUUUGGAUUUGUGGACAGAGAAAAUGGAAGGGCUUGGAGUAUGGCUCAUUUUCUAGCAUUUAUAAAGUCCAGGGUUUAUAUCCAGCACUACCUAUAUCCUUAGUACUUGGGAGGUGGAAGCAGGAAGAUCAGAAACUAAAGGUCAUUCUCUUGUACAUUAUGACUUCAAGGUUAGGAAAGAAAAUAUAGAAAAGAUGUAAUUCCCUCUUGAGGAAAAUUUUUGUAAAAUCUGUCCAAGAUGUAAUGAUUUUGGUAAAGUCUUAUUCUGGACAAAACUGUUGAAGCAGAUAGGAGUGUGUCUAGGUUAGUGGUGAAAGACCUGACUUCCACUGUGGCUGUACAUGAAGCUCUCUUGUGAGCCCAAUGCUAGCCACAGCAGAGGCAGUCACUGUUACCAUUGGUCCCUGAGUUCAGCAUUGUGUCAAGUGGCCAGAGCGGGAAAUGAUCCUGUGGGACCAGGCCUGUAUAAGGAAGGACUUGUUGCUGUACAGGUUGUGAAUGUUACUUUAAGCCUACAGAGACUUGCUUACUGAAGGAGGAGCUGCUUCUUAAGGAUCAGGUGUGAAUCUGAAUGAUGACCUCAUCCUUCUAACCAGACUUGCCCUAGACGCUGAGUGGAUGCUUUUCUUAUUACACGUCCUACAGCUGGGAGAAACAGAAUACGAUUGAGACUUCAAGCACUUUCUCUUUGGCACAGCUGGGUAUUCUGUCUCAAGAAGAAAAGAGAGGAGACCUUCUGAAGAUCUGGUAGAGAGGACAGAAGAAAUUUGCAACAUAUUUCAAAGGUGCAGUAAGGAAGAUCAACAAAAAUCCUACUGAGAAUCCAGACAAACUUGUUGGCUUCGUGGCAUCUUCCCAGUUGUGUAGAGCUUGGGUUUUGCAGGAGGAUGAUGAGACAAGGCGCUAAGAGGCCAAAGAGGAGUGUGUGGGAUUCCUGCCUCUCCUUCCCGCUGGAGAAAUCUUCAGUCCACAAGAAGCAUUAGAAAGAAGGCUGAAGAGCUUAUCUUACUUAGCCUGGUCCUGGAUACUGUUGAGUUGAGGACUCCUUUCCACCUGUUUCACCAGGACUUUUGGGACACAUAGGAGGAAGCAAUACUUCUCUUCGUUGGUCAUGUGUCAAGUUACAUUUUGAACACCAGGGCAAGUGAAGGACAGCUUUGUUACCUGGAUCUAAAGGGGACCCAUUCUUUGAACUUAUAUAUGUGAUGCUUGGGAGGUUGUAAACUCAGUCUCCCAAUAUAAAAGCACUCUGCAUUCUUUUCCUUUGAGGACUUCAACAGAUGCAAGUUCCCUGCCAAAAAGACAGAAGGACUUUUCUUUUUUUUCUUCUUCUUCUUAAAUGUGAGUACUUUUGGGGCUAAUGUGAACAAUAAUGUCUUGGAAAAGAAAUUAUUUUUCAGGAAGCCGUGGUAGUGUUCAAGGGAUGUUUGCACCUCGAAGCUCAAUGUCUAUUGCCCCCAGCAAAGGCCUCAGCAAUGAGCCAGGGCAGAACAGCUGCUUCCUCAACAGUGCUCUGCAGGUUUUGUGGCAUUUGGACAUCUUCCGCCGUAGCUUUCGGCAGCUUACAACUCACAAGUGCAUGGGUGACUCCUGCAUUUUCUGUGCUCUCAAGGGCAUUUUUAACCAGUUUCAGUGUAGCAGUGAAAAAGUGCUUCCCUCUGACACUCUCCGCAGUGCUCUGGCAAAGACUUUUCAAGAUGAGCAACGCUUCCAGCUGGGAAUUAUGGAUGAUGCUGCAGAGUGCUUUGAAAACCUCUUGAUGAGAAUUCACUUCCACAUUGCGGAUGAAACCAAAGAGGAUAUAUGUACCGCCCCACACUGCAUUUCUCACCAGAAAUUUGCAAUGACAUUGUUUGAGCAGUGUGUAUGUACUAGCUGCGGUGCCACUUCUGACCCCCUGCCUUUCAUCCAGAUGGUGCAUUACAUCUCUACUACUUCCCUGUGUAACCAGGCUAUUUGUAUGCUGGAAAAACGAGAGAAACCUUCUCCAAGUAUGUUUGGUGAACUGCUUCAGAAUGCCAGCACCAUGGGGGACCUGCGGAACUGUCCGUGCUGUGUUGUGUGUGUAUUUCAGAGUAACUGUGGGGAGAGGAUCCGGAUCCGUCGUGUGUUGAUGAACGCACCACAGAUUAUCACAAUUGGAUUGGUUUGGGACUCAGACCAUUCAGACUUGGCAGAGGAUGUCAUCCACAGUCUGGGCACCUGCCUUAAGUUGGGUGAUCUGUUUUUCAGAGUGACAGAUGACCGGGCUAAACAGUCUGAACUAUACUUAGUAGGAAUGAUCUGUUACUAUGGCAAACAUUAUUCUACAUUCUUUUUUCAAACAAAGAUCCGAAAAUGGAUGUAUUUUGAUGAUGCUCAUGUCAAAGAGAUUGGUCCAAAAUGGAAGGAUGUGGUAACCAAAUGCAUCAAAGGGCAUUAUCAGCCCUUGCUGCUGCUUUAUGCAGAUCCCCAGGGUACCCCAGUGUCUACCCAGGACCUGCCUCCCCAAGCUCAGUUCCUGUCAUACACCAAGACAUGCUACGAUAGUGAAGAUUCAGGAAGGGAGCCUUCCAUCUCAAGUGACACUCGAACAGAUUCCUCAACGGAGAGCUAUCCCUACAAACAUUCUCACCAUGAGUCUGUGGUCAGUCACUUCUCUUCUGAUUCUCAGGGGACAGUCAUCUAUAAUGUGGAGAAUGAUUCCAUGUCUCAGAGCAGUCGGGACACAGGGCACCUGACUGAUAGUGAAUGUAAUCAGAAGCACACAUCGAAGAAAGGGUCCCUGGUAGAGCGCAAGAGGAGCUCUGGGCGUCUUAGGAGGAAAGGUGAUGAGCCACAGGCAUCAGGGUACCACAGUGAAGGAGAAACACUGAAAGAGAAGCAGGCUCCUAGGAAUGCCUCCAAACCCAGCAGCACCAGCAGGCUAAAAGAUUUCAAAGAGACAGUCAGCAAUAUUAUCCACAGCAGGCCUUCCUUGGCUUCUCAUACCAAUGCAGGAUCUCCCUGUGCAGGCAGGGCAGGAGACCAGCCGGACAAGACACCACCAAGGAACUUGCCUUUACACUCUCGGGACUGGGAAACUGAGAGUAUCAGCAGUGAGGCAAAAUACAGUUCUUCCAGCAAGUACCGCCCAACAUGGAGACCCAAACGAGAGUCACUGAAUAUUGACAGCAUUUUUAGUAAGGACAAAAGGAAGCAUUGUGGCUACACUCAGCUUAGGACCUUUUCUGAAGAUUCAGCUAAAGAAUUUACACCAGAUGAAAUAAGCAAGCCAUCUGCUUAUGACAUUAAAGCUGGUGGGUCAAGCUCACAGCAUAAACCCUGGGGCCCAGCCCGGCCAGGUGCUCAUCUUUUAGAGCAGCAUCCACGCCUAAUCCAGCGGAUGGAAUCUGGCUAUGAGAGCAGCGAGAGGAACAGCAGCAGCCCCAUCAGCUUGGAUGCAGCCCCUCCUGAGAGCCUGAAUGUGUACAGGGAUCAAAGCACAAAGAGACCAGGGUUUGUCCCUUCUUGGCGUCAUAUCCCGAAGUCUCACAGCAGUAGCAUCCUGGAGGUAGACUCCUCAGAAACCAUGACUGGCUGGACAAAGACUCAGCCUCUCUCAG